AAUCCCACCGCGUUCCUGCGAAACGAAACGAACCGACACCGAGCAGCAACCACGAAGAAAGAGGCAAAGAGGGUUCCAAUCCUAAACCAAGCGUGAAUAUAGAAAAAACAAAGCACUAUAUUUUAACUUCAACGGUUCAAUCUGAAACCAUAACAGAGAAAAAAAGCAGAACCUAACUCUAUCUUUCUCUUUUCACUCUUCUCAAAUAGUAUAAACUUCAAUUCUAUCCCAAUUUCCUUUGAAAAAAAACAAACCCUGAAAAAAGAUCACGAAUUUAUCCACUAAACAGUGAAAAGGAAGGGUUUUUCUUGUUGAAGGAGGAUGUCAAGUGGGGAUCUAGAAAGGGGAGGAGGAAGUACUGGGAAGAACAGGGCAAAUAGCUAUUCUGCAGGUCCAUACUAUGUGGAAAGUACUGAAAAGCAAUGGACUUCAUGGCUUGUCCCGAUGUUUGUGGUGGCUAAUGUUGCUGUUUUUGUUGUGGUGAUGUAUAUCAAUAAUUGUCCUAAGAACAAUCUAGGAUUUGAAGGGAGCUGUGUGGCUAAGUUUCUUGGCAGGUUUUCUUUUCAGCCUUUGAAAGAAAAUCCUCUUUUUGGCCCUUCUUCUAAUACAUUGGAAAAAUUGGGAGCACUAGAGUGGAACAAGGUAGUGCAUGGCAAUCAAGGAUGGAGGCUUAUCAGUUGCAUCUGGCUGCAUGCAGGUGUUAUUCAUCUGCUUGUAAACAUGUUGAGCUUGGUCUUUAUUGGAAUACGCCUUGAACAGCAAUUUGGAUUUGUGCAUGUUGGGCUUAUCUAUCUGUUGUCUGGUUUUGGUGGAAGCAUACUAUCUUCUCUUUUCAUUCAGCAUAAUAUUUCUGUUGGUGCCUCUGGUGCUUUAUUUGGCCUUCUCGGUGCUAUGUUAUCGGAGCUUUUGACUAACUGGACUAUCUAUACAAAUAAGGCUGCAGCUCUGAUCACACUUGUGGUCAUUAUUGCCAUUAACUUAGCAAUAGGCAUUCUUCCUCAUGUUGACAACUUUGCACAUAUUGGAGGUUUCUUGACCGGCUUUCUCCUUGGGUUCAUUUUGCUACUUCGUCCCCAAUUUGGGUGGGUGGGACGCCAGCAACCUCAUGCUGCUGCUCAUAUAAAAUCUAAGCACAAGGCAUACCAAUAUGUUUUCUGCGUGAUUGCUGUGGUUUUACUGAUUGCUGGUUUCACAGUGGGGUUGGUAAUGCUGUUUAGAGGAGAGAACGGAAACGACCAUUGCAGCUGGUGCCAUUACCUGAACUGUGUGCCAACAUCCAAAUGGAGCUGUGAAAACUAAUGGAACAUUACAAUUACAACCACUGCUAUACCUAGACUUCAUCUAUCCCACUGAUACUUUCCUGAUUCCCUUUUUUAUAUUUUCUUCAUUUGUUAAUUUCUUGGAGUUAGUAUUUGCAUGUUUAUAUGUAUAGUUUGACUUUUGAGAUUAUCUUUGGGCAUCAGGAAAUUCAUUGUUAUUAUAUGGUUGACAUUUUAUACAUGAUAUAUAAUAUGUUCUGAUUGUAUGCAAUAUUACUUGGAAAA